UUCGUGAUCAACUCAGCGGCUUUUUCGUUUCUUUCGCCUCCUUUUCGUGUUGUCUCCGUUCCGCUCGCUGACCGAUGGCAUCAGUCGCUGGAACUGCGUCCGCGGUCUCGGUUCGUCCGCCGCGGCGAUUGCUGCAGGUUUCCAAUGGGAUCUCUGGUCUCAAAUCAGUUUCCUUCACAAACCAAAGAAAGAGCUCUGUCUCAAUCCGCUCAGCACCUCGCCUCAGAGUUUCUUGCGCUGCCAAGCCAGAGACUAUGGAGAAGGUGUGCUUCAUAGUGAGGAAGCAGUUGGCGAUCGCAGAUGACACUCCGGUCACCGGAGAAUCCAUAUUCUCUCAACUUGGGGCUGAUUCUCUCGACACUGUUGAGAUUGUGAUGGGUCUGGAGGAGGAAUUUGGUAUCAGCGUGGAGGAAGAGAGCGCCCAGAGCAUCUCGACGGUGCAACACGCUGCCGAUAUGAUCGAGCUACUCUUGGAGAAGAAAAAAGCCGCCUAAUAAAACGUAAUUAGUGUUCGAUAUCGCAAACUUUUUGAGUUGCUGCCCUUUAUCCGGCGUCAUACAAAUAUUACUUUCUUCUUGCAAGAGCAAAAUGCCAUAAGACUUUCCUUUCUUCCCUUCAUGGUUUGGUGUCAUGUAAUGAGAUGGACUUCCUCCGUCAUUCAUUAAUCAAUGAAUUCAACAGUGUUUUGUUUUUA